AUGGUUACUCUUGUGGCAGCUAUGGUAUUGACUCAGUUUCUGACUAGUGCUGCUGGUAUAUUCACUAUUGUACCAGUGACACAAUAUGUUUAUGUCAAUGAUACUGUGACAUUUGAAUGUGCUACUAACUCAACCGGAAAUAUUCCUUAUUUCAUUGUUGGAGGAUCAAUUCAACAGUCACAAUCAAGUGUAACAUUACCGAAUGGUGGAAUGAUGAUAUCAUUUAACCAAAUAGCAACAAAUGAAUCAAAUAGGACUGAUGUUGCAUGCAGAACAGUUAGUGGAAGUGCCACUGAAACUGCUUAUCUCUAUGUUCAAGGUCCUCCUGAUAGUGUCAGUAGUUUAACAGGAUAUCAGUUAGAUUCUUGUUGUAUGUUUAUCAGUUGGUAUCCUCCAUUCACACUACCAGGACUAACAGUACAGUAUAUAAUCAGUGUAGGAACUGAUCAACAGUACCUUAAUGACUCUAUCACUAGCUACACUUACUGUCCAAUGAACCCAACCAAUGAACAAUAUCUGUUUAACAUUACAAUUAUUAAUAAAGCUGGGAAUGGAUCUACUAGUAACAUAACUGUUGGAUUCCAAUCAG